AUGUUACUGCACGGGGCCCAAUCUCCUUCCCACGCGCUGGAGGCGGAUCAGCACCAGCAUCCGCAGGCGAGGCAGCUAAGGCGCAAACGAAAAGCUGAGUCCCAGGACAACGAACAGAAAAAUGGCCAGAAGCUCUAUGUGCCGGUGGAGGAGCCGACCCCGUCUUCAAGCACCCCAAUCCCCGCAGACUCGUCAGCAUCCACAUCUCCCACCACCACCCGUCGCCGACGUCGUGAUCGCGCAUCGUACGUCGAUGAAGAAGUGAUGCAGCUCGACGACUCAAAGCACAAAGUCUACAUCUACAACAUUGACGACGAGCUAUCUUCCUCCGAGAGCGAGCCCGACGAGGGCAAGCUGGUCUUCCUGCCGAAUAUUGAGAAGCACCUGCGCCAGACGCGCAUUCCUCCGUCCAUUUUCGCCAACGAUGAGGGCCAGCUUGCAGGCAUGCAGGUGGUUCUCUAUAACGAGCCCGCGUCCUUGACGGUACCCCGUGAGCAGGACAGUGUUCGCAAGGCCAUUGUCGAGUCACGCGCUCGUAUGCGCGAAAGGCAGCGUCUUGAGCGCGAGGGCAGAGGCGCGCCGGUGCAGAUGCCUCCGCCCUUCGUAUCUCAGCAACCUGUAGACGCCAUCAUUCCGGACCCUCCAACCCCGACCGGGAUGUCGGCACCUGUUGACUACGAUUCCGACGCUAUGGAUAUGGACUAG